AGGGGACCAGUCUUCCCAGUUGCAAGAGAGAGCGUCCACAGUUUCAGUUCAAAGCAACUGGUGGCGACGGGUUAACAUUUAAGAUGGCAGGGACCGCACGCCACGACCGAGAGAUGGCGACCCAGGCCAGGAAGAAGCUCGCCGUGACCACUGACCCCAUCGAGAGGCUCCGCUUGCAGUGCCUGGCCAGGGGCUCAGCGGGCAUCAAAGGGCUUGGCAGAGUGUUUCAAAUUAUGGAUGACAAUAACAACCGAACCCUUGAUUUCAAAGAAUUUGUGAAAGGGUUAAAUGAUUAUGCUGUGGUCAUGGAAAAGGAGGAAGCAGAAGAGCUUUUCCGGAGGUUUGAUAAAGAUGGAAAUGGAACAAUAGACUUCAAUGAAUUUCUUCUCACAUUAAGACCUCCAAUGUCCAGAGCCAGAAAAGAGGUGAUUAUGCAAGCUUUUAGAAAGCUAGACAAGACUGGAGAUGGUGUGAUAACAAUUGAAGACCUUCGAGAGGUGUACAAUGCAAAACACCAUCCAAAGUAUCAGAAUGGUGAAUGGACGGAGGAGCAAGUGUUCCAGAAAUUUCUGGAUAACUUUGACUCACCUUAUGACAAAGAUGGAGUGGUCCUGGAGAUGUCCCUCAACUGAAAUGGUUUGGUUCUGGCCGGCAGUGAGGACUCUGCCCACAUUCCUCUCCACCGUGCCACCCUCCAGAAACCAGAUCUAAUGGCCCAUUGAUCAGGGUCACUCCAUUCCUGCUCUCAGCCUUAACCUGUGACUAGGCCAGAAAUCACUUAUUAUUUAAAUCUAUUCCUUCUGGUAGCAGUGGGAAGUACAGAGAAGAGUCAUUAAAAAUCAUUUGCUAAUAUUUUUCAGUAUAUAUUUUCAUUUUAGUUAACUUAUACAGUUAAAACGUUACUCCCUUUGCAAUUAAAAGCAAAGAUAAACUGACCACUUGGGUCAGAAGAUAAAGAAAAAAAGUGUCUCCAAAAGAACACUUCAGAGCACUUCACCUGGACCUGGACAGGUUGGGCCUAGACCCUAGAUAUGAUAUUAGACAAGCAAGCCUAAGAGAAGAGGAUGAAAUUGGCAGCUUUUCAUGAAGUACGAACAAUGUAUGGAAACAUUCUGCAGAUCAGGAUUGGAGAGAACAGGCCACCAGUAUCUGCACUGAAUCUGGGCCUCUAAUCCCUCCCAAGGCAAACAAACCCAGGCCAGGCCAGAGAAGACCUUGACUCAGCCACUGUCAAGAACUGCAGGGCAUCCUGACUGAAUUCCAGUUAGAGGGCAAAUGAGAAACCCGCGAUGCGUGAGUUGAAUUAUGGACUGAGGCAGAUCUCCUCCAGCCAGUCAAUGGGGCUGAUCUUCAAAGUCAUGUCAACCUUGAUAAGAUUUCUUCCCAGGCCCAGAUGGUGCUCUGGGGGACAAUGUAUGGUUCUUUGUGAUUUGGUGGCCAAGCACAGAGUCACAUUUCAUACUGUAAUAGCAGCUUUUAAGGCAGAGCUGGACCCCCUCCAAGUAGGCCACAUGCAUCACGGUUUUAGGGUAAAGAGAUAUCCCAUCAAAAAAUAUUUUUUGAGCCGCUGCCGCAUGCCAUGUUCUUUUUUAGACUGUGGGGAUAAGCAAUUUUU